UGUAUGGUAUUUGCAUAUACAUACACUUGGAACAUCCUGAAGUAACUGUGCGCAACUUCCUCUUCGUAAUACAUCAUCAUCAUCAUCAUCAUCAUGAAUUUUGUUCAUGUCAUCGUCUUCUUCUUCAGCAUCAUGGUCAUGUUCAUCAUUCUGCUAUCUCAUUUUCAAUUUCUUUCAGAUUCAUAUUCAUCAAACAAGUAUUUGCCUGGUUUCAAUGGGAGAGAUUACAACACAAGUAGAACAAAUUCAAAUGUGAUCAAAGCAGAAGAGGCAUUCCAAACUCAUAGAAAGCUUCUUUUUCAAGGUUCGUCUUGUACAGCUAGAGACCUGAGCAUUUCACAGAGCAAAGGGUCAACUAUUGGGAUACCACAAUACAUAGUCCAAAUAGUCAACACAUGUGUAUCAUCAUCACAAUGUGCACCUUCAAAUAUUCAUCUUCAUUGUGGUUGGUUUGCCUCAGCAAGAAUAGUCAACCCAAGAUUCUUCAAGAGACUUUCUUAUGAUGAUUGUUUGGUCAAUGGUGGUCAAACGUUGAGAACUGGUCAAAUGAUCAGUUUUUCUUACUCAAAUUCUUUCAUGUACCCGAUCUCUUUGAAACAUGCUAGAUUCUGCUAAAGACGAGGUUUUGCGUCUGCCAUUGUUCUUGAUUGGUGGAUUGGAUACAAGAAGAGGUUAUAAUUACAUCAAAUCCUACAAGAAACCCCCAAAAAAAGAUUCCAUUUGCUUAAUGGGUUCUACGUUUGAUCCUAGAAAAAAACCCCCACAAAAAAAAAAGAAUAAAAUUUUAAUGGAUUUGAAGCAAAAAAAAAAUGGAGAAUGCAAGUCAAAUUCUGCAAAAAGAACAAGAAGCCCUACAAAAAAGGUUACAUUUUCUUGGUGGGUUUGAUGUUUAAACCUAGAAAAACCCAAAAAUGAUGAACACCGCACCAGACAAUUGACGUAUAGGGUUUGUUUUUGGAAAAAGAUUUUAAAUUUAAAGUUUCUUUCUUUAAGUGAUUUCUGUUGUGAUCAGAAUGAUGGGUCAUUCAUCAGAUUUAGAGAAUUCUUCUUUAAAACACAGUCAAAAAGGCUGGACUGAUGUUCAGCAAACAUGAGAAGGCACAAAGUGAUGCUUUUUGCAGAGGUUUGUGUCUAUUCUUCUCACACUUUGCAGGCUUAUGUCUCAUUUAUCUAAAUCUCACCCACAAUCCACACACACUUUACUGUAUGUUAUCUGUGUGAAAGAGAGAGAGAAAAAGAAAGUAGGAGAAGGAGAGAGAAAGCUUAUUUUCACAAAGGGGCAAUCCAGAAAAUGUCAGCAAAGAGGAAGAAACGGUCUGAGAAAAACGAGAAUAGAAGGGUAUUCUAGUCUUUUCAAGUUGUAUAUGCUCUAAUCCUAACAUGAUUUUGAUCAUGUAAUUAUACUUUUAAAGUUUUAACAUCUUUUAAGACAUCUGAUUAAGACU